CCUCCACCACCUCGGAGGGGCGGUCCAUCACCAUCAGGAGCAGCAGCAGCAGCAGCAGCAGCAACACUCCCUGGCAGUCAGCAGACGGCCACCAGUUUCCAGCUGCAGCUCAACCAGGACCAUCUAACCGUGAAGCAGCCGGGCAUGAAGUUGUUCCCGAACUAUACGCCACCGAUUCCACCGCACCAUCUCCACAAUGGGAACGGGCCACCGAGCGGUGCUAGUGCCAGCAAUCCGGCCAACCAUCACUACCACCAGAUCACCUAUCAGCACACAGCAGGCCAACAGCAAACCCUGGCACCGUUGCGCCUAAAUCAAGAUCACUUCCUUCCACCGAACAAAACCAACACCAUCGGACCAUCUGGGGGUCAUGGUGGAAUUGGUGGCCCUGUGUCCGGUCCGCGAUCUCAACAGUCCGGGAUGCACGGCACCAAGUAUCAAACUCACCACCACCAUCACCACAGUUUGAAUGGUGCGUUCCAGCAGCAGCAGCAGCAGCAGCCGGAUCAUUCGCAUCUCUACCACCAUCCACAGGAUGUCGAUGAUGAUGAUGAUGAUCAGCUGCAUCACCACCACCACCACCACCAUCAUCCGCACCAUAGUCAUCAUCUGCAGCAGCAGCAGCAGGAGCACCAUCUGCCGCCACCAUCACAUCAUCAUCACCUUCCGAUGCACCACGGUGUCGGUGAUGACGGUGAUGACAACGAGAUCGACGGUGGUGUUUCCGAUCGUGAAGAUGAUGAUACGCUCGAUGUCAACGAAAGCUGCCGUGGUCGGGGUGUUCCCGGUGAUCCGGACAGUGGCGACAGUGAGCCACCCAGUGAGGGAACUUCGCCCCCACAAAGUCCCCUUUCACCGAUACCCCCGGAACUGCCCGUCCGGAAUGGGUUACUGCCGCCGAGCUACAACGUAGCACUAGAACUGAACCACAUCAACAACAACCCGGUCCGUGGCACUGGGUCGUCUCCUUCACCACCGAUGUCCUCGGUUACACCACCACCACCAUCAUCGGCAGUGGGCGCCAGUUCUGGCAGUGGCCGUAAAACGCUCGCACUGCGUCACUAUCACUAGAGAGGAACUUCUUCUCCUGCGGUCUUCUUCGAACUCUCCUUAAUCAUAGUGGAUAAGAAAAGGAAAAGUCCAACUUUUGUGAUGAGUGUUGCUACUAAGGUGUGUCCUAUAUUACAUCCGUCGUGAUAUCGCGCUUUCCACAACUCCACGUCCCUCACUCUAUUGCUCGUUAUCGCGUAGAUAGGAUUAGAAAUGUGUGGUCUGGAGACCUUCGUCCUGUAGGAGCUUCACAUUCGCCAGGUGAUGGAAGGUGUCAAGAAUUCGAGAAGAAAUAACCUGUUCUUUUACAUUCUAGUACAACUCCAGAUUGAAUCUGGUGGCAUUUCUCUUUGUUUCCAAUCGGUGGGACCUUGUUUUCAACAAGUUCGCCUCUCGUAUAACCGGAAGUCAGCUUGACGAUGGCUUGUAUGCCACUACCGAGAUGUCACUGAGGAAUGCUUAAUAUCCUCCUGGUGGUUGUGUCAUGUACCGUAAUCUAACUUGCGCUGGGCUCGGUAACCGCUAUCACACCGCAAUCGAGAACGAGAAUGGGUUGCGCUCUUGUGCUCGGUACUGGGAUUAAUCUCGUACCAAAGUCUUGUUCUCUCGUCAACUCGUCGUCAGUCAGUGUGCUUAGAGAGUGCGAUAGCAACGACAAAAAAGAAUUCUAACCAACAGCAACAAGUACAUCCGACAAAAUGGAACAACUUCAAGAACCCUAGCUACCGAGAGUGGUACCAUGGAAUGUCGGACCGAAAUGUAAUUUGAUUCCCAAGCAGGCAAGAAAAGAGACAAAAAGUAGAAAUUGCUAUUGGCCCGAACAGCGUCGAACCGUCGAGGCCGGACGAAUGCGUAAUUGUGGUCAACAUCCUGGUCGCAACGAGCCUGCUCGCGGCAUACCAUGGCAUCCCAUGGCACCCCCGGCACCAACCCCAACCCGGGCUGUGGUCCCUUUUAUCAACGAACGUCAUCACCAUUGUCGUCCGCUGCGAGAACUCAGCCAGACCAGACCGAGAGCGAACCGAACGACGACGACGACGACGACAACGAUGGCGAUGGAGUUUGAUGGAGGUCCGCGGCGGUGGUGUCACCGCCAACCCCACCACCACCACCACCACCACCGCCACUAGUGCCGCAGAGGGCAGAAUGUUGUUUAAUUAAAUUAAUGGCCGGAAUAAUGUCGGUGACAUCCGGUUUGGCUAGACACUGGGCCGCUCCCUUCCUUGCCGUGUGCCGCCGCGCUACUCGCGGUUAAGCUUAUAACGGCCAAGUGUUUAUUGAUUUAGUUGAUGAGCAACGAGCGCCAGACCAACGUGGCGGGACCGGUUGGUGGAGGUUUCUUAAGAAGCACACAAUCCUCUGCCACCUCAUUACCGCAAUCGACGUUCAUCCACGACGCAGGUCGCUGCUCGCGAAAUCCUUUGUAUGGCAGGCGAUGAUAACGACUGGA